GAAAAAAAAAAAAAAGCUGUUGCUAGGGAAACGUUCGCGCUCCCGGCAGAGCCAAUUGAUAGGGGUCGCGCGCGGAUCUGGGCCCAGCGUAUAGAGGAAGUGUAUGAGGCGGGACGGCGCCCGCGGCGCUCACCUCCUGGAAGACGUGUUCGGGUGUCCGGUCGGGCCGGGUGUUCGGGUGCUGCGCCCUCCUCGGGUAACUCCCCCUCUUCCUCCUCCUCCUCCUGUGUCCGGGCCGCCCCGUGUGAUGGGCUGGGCCUGACUGUAAUGUGUGAGCAACCCGCGGCCUCCGGAUAGGAUUUACGGCAGGUGUAUAUCGAUCAGCGCUCCUCCUGAUCUCACUGACAGGAUCCCUAUUGGACUCCUAUGUCCGCCUUUAUGUGGAUGGGAUCUGGUGAACUCCUCACUCCUGCUGGGAUCUCAUAGGACCAUAGAAGGGAUCUUGUCAACUCUGAGUCGUGCUGGGUGUCACUAAAGGGAUCUGUAAGGACACCUAAGUCCUAGAAGGAAUCUAGUGGCGUCUGUCCUUAUAGGGAUCUACUGCUGUAGCUUCCACAAGAGGGAUCAAAUAGGAUCUACUGUCUCAGCUGACAUCAGAGCCAUCAAGGAGGACCUAUUGCUAUAUCCAGCGUCAGAAAGAUCUAUUGGUGUAUCUAUCAUCAAAGGGAUCUAACAGGAUCUACUCAUCAGAGGGAUCUAACAGGAUCUACUCAUCAGAGGCAUCUAACAGGAUAUAGGCUUCAGAAGAGGAUCUAGUCUGCAGGAUCUACUCAUCAGAGGGAUCUAACAGGAUAUAGGCUUGUCUCUAGCUUCAGAAGAGGAUCUAUUCAUCAGAGGAAUACAAGAAAGAAGCAGGAUUCUCCCCCAUUGAUCCUCAGGGUGCCCAUUGCCUUCCAGCGAUCAGGAGGGGCAUGAAGCCAGCAGCCCCCCACUGAGCCUUCUCCAUAAGUCCAGGGCUGCGGUUUUUCUGGGGAGCGGCCUCCAAAAGCAGAGGAAAUGUCUUUCUUUAACUUUCGUAAGAUCUUUAAGCUUGGUGGGGAGAAGAAGAAGAAGCAGUAUGAACAUGUCAAGAGGGAUCAGAAUCCUGAGGAGUUCUGGGAAAUCAUAGGGGAGCUGGGUGAUGGAGCCUUUGGAAAAGUUUAUAAGGCCCAGAAUAAAGAGACUGGAAUAUUGGCUGCAGCAAAGGUCAUAGAUACGAAAACUGAAGAUGAACUUGAGGAUUAUAUGGUGGAGAUUGAAAUAUUGGCCUCAUGUGAUCACCCGCAUAUUGUUAAACUGCUGGAUGCUUUCUAUUAUGAGAAUAACCUGUGGAUUCUUAUAGAGUUUUGUGCUGGAGGAGCUGUAGAUGCUGUAAUGCUUGAGCUGGAGCGUCCAUUGACAGAGCCACAGAUACGUGUGGUUUGUAAGCAGACCCUGGAAGCCCUUGUAUAUUUACAUGACAACAAAGUUAUCCACCGAGAUCUGAAAGCGGGAAACAUACUCCUGACCCUUGAUGGCGACGUCAAGCUGGCUGACUUUGGAGUGUCUGCUAAGAACACCAGAACAAUACAGAGAAGAGAUUCAUUCAUUGGCACGCCAUACUGGAUGGCGCCAGAAGUGGUGAUGUGCGAGACUUCGAAGGACAAGCCGUAUGACUUUAAAGCUGACAUAUGGUCUCUUGGUGUUACUUUAAUCGAGAUGGCUCAGAUCGAGCCCCCACAUCAUGAAUUAAAUCCUAUGCGGGUCUUGUUGAAGAUUGCAAAGUCAGAGCCUCCAACAUUAGCACAGCCAUCAAGAUGGUCAAGAGAUUUUAGUGAUUUUUUAAGAAAAUGUUUGGAGAAGAAUCUUGAUGCCCGAUGGACUGCUGCACAGUUGCUGCAGCACCCAUUUGUGUCGGUGGUGCACAGCAACAAGCCAGUGCGAGAGCUGAUCGCAGAGGCCAAGGCUGAGGUCUUGGAGGAAGUAGAAGAAAGUAAAGAGGAGGAGGAAGAAGAUGAGGCGGAGAGCUCUUUGCCUGUCCCCGACAGUAAAAGGGCUUCCUCGGACCUCAGCAUUGCCAGCUUGGAAGAUGACAAACUUUCCCAGAAUACAACUCUGGAAACUGUUUCUGAGAUAAUUGUGCCGCCUUCCGUUGAAAAUAAAGUUUCUGAACAAGAACCCAAGAAAGAGAAAGUCGAUGAACCUGAAGUCCAGAAACCUAUUAGUCCAGAUGUCUCUGUAAAAGAAUUUGAAGUUCCAAUUGUUGACAAAACUGUGGUAGCAGAACAUAAGGAUGAGGCUGGUGUGCCAGUGCUAGAACCAUCUACCGAGCCUCAGCCACCGGCACAAGUGCCCUCACCCCAUGAAAACAAUGCCGAGGAGAAGCAAGAAAAGAAAAAUGAUGACCUUCCACCUGAUGUUAAAGAAAGCGUUGUUGAAGUAUCUGAUGUGAAAGAAAUACCAAAUGAAGAGGAACAUGAGACAUCUAACACUGUAUGUGAGCCAGAGGACGCUAUUCCUGAGGCCAAGGAUGAGCUGCCUGAGGUGAAGACUCCCGAAAUGCCAGAAGAAAAGCCUGAGACACAAGUAAAAGAGAAUGGUACAAGGGAAGAAUCUGUUGCUGAAAUAUCUGAUUCAGUAGCAAACACCAAUGCUUUAAGUGAUGAGCAUUCUGAAGCUCCCAAAAUGGCAAAACAUGUUGAGGACUCUGAACUGCAACCGAAUGUGAAGCCAGAGUCUUCUGAAAGUCCUCCUGUAGAGGAUAGGAACCAAGAAAUAAAGGAAGGUGUUUCGGAUGACAGCACUACAGCUGUGAAUCAGGAUCAGCAGUUACCAGAAUCCACUGAUCAGGUAAAUCAUAUAGCUAAAGAUGAAGCUGUUGUGACUCCAUCACCAGAGGUGAUAGAAGAGACGAAACCUGAGCACGACACCCAACUUCCUUCCGACUCUGAAAAGGAAUCACCCGCCGUUUCUGAGCCUGGUAAAGAACCAGUGGAAAGUCAACCUCAGGACAGUGUUGUAAAUUCAAGUGAUGGGGCUACUAGUACCGAAAAGGAACCUCAAGCCAAUGUGCCCAGUAUCAGUGUUAUUUCUGUAGAGGGUGAAGAGAAAGACAAUGGGAAGACGGAGACCCCUCCUUCAGGAGAAACUGAAAUCACAAAGGAGCCCGACUCCGAUUCAGGAACAGGUUCUACAGCGGACAGUGGAAGUAUGGACUUAAACUUGUCUAUCUCCAGCUUCUUGACCAAGAGUAAGGAGUCUGGCUCCAUAUCAUUACAGGAUUCCAGGAGGCAGAAAAAGACGCUGAAGAAAACUCGUAAGUUCAUGGUAGAUGGUGUGGAAGUGAGUGUCACAACCUCUAAGAUAGUGACCGAUAAUGAUGCCAAGAGUGAAGAGAUGAGAUUCCUCAGGCGACAAGAGCUGCGGGAACUCCGGCUGCUACAGAAAGAAGAACAGAGAGCUCAGCAGAUCCUUAGUAACAAACUGAUGCAACAGAGAGAGCAAAUCUUCCGAAGAUUUGAGCAGGAAAUGACGAAUAAGAAGCGGCAGUAUGAUCAGGAUAUAGAAAACCUGGAGAAACAGCAGAAACAGACCAUAGAGCGGCUGGAGAUGGAACACACUGUCCGCCUGAGAGACGAAGCAAAGCGAAUCAAGGCAGAACAGGAGAGAGAGCUGUCAAAAUUCCAGAAUGUGCUUAAAAACAAAAAGAAAGAGGUAAUAAAUGAAGUGGAGCGAGCACCUAAAGAGCUUCGAAAAGAGCUUAUGAAACGCAGGAGAGAGGAGCUUGCCCAAUUCCAGCACACGCAGGAGCAAGAGUUUGUACUAAAGCAACAGCAAGAGCUGGAUGGAUCCCUGAAGAAGAUUAUUCACCAGCAGAAAAUGGAACUCGCCACCAUAGAGAGGGACUGCUUGAGUCGGAAACAGCAGCUUAUGAGAGCACGAGAAGCUGCUAUUUGGGAGCUUGAAGAACGUCAUCUCCAAGAGAAGCAUCAGCUACUGAAGCAGCAGAUGAAAGAUCAGUAUUUCAUGCAGAGACACCAACUUCUGAAGCGGCAUGAGAAGGAAAUGGAACAGAUGGCUAGAUAUAAUCAGAGGCUGAUCGAGGAACUGAAGAGUAAGCAAACAGCAGAGAGGGCACGACUACCCAAAAUUCAGCGCAGUGAUGCCAAGACUCGUAUGGCCAUGUUCAAGAAGAGCUUGAGGAUUAACUCUGCUGGCACUCCAGAACAAGACCGAGAGAAGAUUAAGCAGUUUGCCGUCCAAGAAGAUAAAAGACAGAAAAAUGAGAGAUUAGCUCAGCACCAGAAGCAUGAGAAUCAAAUGCGUGAUCUUCAACUUCAAUGUGACGCCAACAUCCGAGAGCUCCAACAACUACAGAAUGAAAAGUGUCACCUGUUAAUUGAACAUGAAACUCAGAAACUAAAAGAGCUGGAUGAAGUACACGCCCUGGAGCUAAAAGAAUGGAGGGAAAAAUUAAGGCCACGAAAAAAGGCACUUGAGGAGGAGUUUGCAAGAAAACUUCAAGAGCAAGAAAUUUUCUUCAAAAUGAGCGGAGAAUCCGAAUGCCUUAACCCCUCAACGCAGAGCCGGAUUUCUAAGUUCUAUCCUAUACCAAGCAUGCAUUCAACCGGGUCUUAACCCACGUCUGUUUUAUCGCUUGUUUUAUAUGCUUUUAUCUCAGCCAUGUCACUUUUGGAACUUUUUAGAAAAAGCAUGGGUAGAUUUUUAUUUUAUUUUAUGUUAUUUUUUUCUUAAACUGUGUUUAGGCUGUUAUGAUGUUUUUUUUUAUACUAUAUAAAUAUAUUAGUUGCUUAAUCUAAAUUAAAUCAAAUGUAAAAUUUGUACAGCGAGGACUCAAGGCCUUGGAGAGGCUCUUUGCAGUCGCUUGUGUUAAGUAAAAGAAAAAAAAAAAAUUGGCCAUAUUUUGUAUAAUAUUUAAUAUGAAAAAAGAAUCAUAUGAAGGUUAUUAUCACAGGUUUGCUCAGUUCAUAUCAGAAGUCGUCAUUGAUAAUAUAUUACCUGUGGGCGUCUAUUUCACUCUUUUCCCCUGUCAUAUUUUUUUUUAUUUUUUUGUCGCGGACUAGGCUACUGUAGGACCGUUCAUUGCUGAUAUCAAACUGUUAUGCUGGAUUAUGCUGACAUGGAAUAUAUUUUUAUGGAUGAACCUGUUUAAUCUAGGGAAACAAGCAAAGCCUAAAGAGCAC